GAGGUCGCGCGGGGCAACCGUUCAAAACAAGGCAAGUCUGGUGGUGUCAGGGCAGGGAGCUAACUCCUAAGGUUGCCAUCAAGAGAAUUUUUUGUAAAAUGGCUAAAUCUCAAAAUUCAAAUCCAAGCCCAUCCAGCUAAUAAUCAGCUUAUUCAGUUGUCUUUUUGUCUAUCUGGUGGUUACCUGGCCUAUAGAACUGGAGCAACACAUAGCUGUCCCUGUGAUCCAUGCGAGUAAAGAUGCAUCCCAUAUUUGGCUGAAAAUAUAGAGUGAAAAUAUAAUAUGAACUUUUUUAUGAAUGAAUCCACCACAGAAAAUGGUGUAAGGCAAAGAAGAAAUAAGAAAAUCAGCCACUGAAUAAGUUGAAUUAUCAAAAAUGGUAUUUUCCUUAGGUGAAAGAUAAACCUUAGCACAAUGGGAACUAGAGAAAAUAUUCUUGAUCCUGAGGAAAGUUAUUUGUCUCCAGGUCAUCCAGAGCUGUCCUUGAGUAGUGGCAUAAUAUCUCUGCCCUCAGCAAACAAACUUGCUGAUCUGAGUCUUGCUUCAGACCUCACUGACUCUGAAGCUGAGAAUGAACCAACAAUCCUCACUUCAAGACCAUGUGGUGAUUUUAAUGAUGGUGCACAUGAAAUAUUUCAAAGAGAAAAUAGAAAGAUAGCCAGUGAUACUUUGAACUCUAGUAUGUUGUCUUACUCUCAAAAGUCUGUUAGUUCAAUGGAGAAACCUUCCAUAACUGAAACCAGUACUUAUAGAAGAUUCAGAGAAAUGCCCUCACGUAUAAGUAAGGAAAGGUAUACACAUGAGGGCAUCGUUUCUGACGAAGAGCCAUCAAGAGAUUUUUGCCCCAGUAAAAAUACCACUCAAGGUGAAGCAGUUCCAAGCCUGCCAAGCCUUUCCCUAGAUGCUGUAAGAGGAACACUCCAACAGCACUGCAACCUGCUCAGUGAUAGACACUUACUCAAAGAUCUGUUGGAGUCCCUAGGUGAGAAAAUUGAACAGAAACCUGAACCUGGUGUGUCUGUUCAAAGCCCAUACUCAGGGAGGGAACUAAAAAUUGAUACUCAUGAAAAAUGCAUGGACAAUGAUUUGAAGGGAAACAGUAAUGCAUUAGGAGUGUUGGAUAAACAGUUCCCUUCACAGCUAUCUACAAUGUUUAGUCCUAAGAGUCAUUUUAGUGAGUGUACAUCCAACACUAAUUUUGAUCAAGGAAGCCAUGUGCUCAAUGAAGCUGAAUCCUUAAUGAAGUCUCAGUUAGACUAUAAUGAGGCUCAUGCAAUCUCUGGAUCAUCACAGGAACAUGUCUGCACUACCAUGCCCAAUUCUAAGCCAACAGGGCAGGAAGUUUUACAGAAGUUACCAAGUUAUGGGAGGCAUGUCAAGCUUCAGUUACCAACAAGCAGUGCACAAGACUCUCCAAUGAAUGCUGAAGGUGAUGAGUAUGAUGGCAAAAAGGAACUUUGCAACACUCAUCAAUCUCUCAAAGUUCUGCAGAAGCUUGCUGGACUGCGCUGGAGCCUGUUCGGGUGGGCUGAUGUAAGGAGUUCCCCUCCCACUGAUAGCAGCAGCUCCCUUGCCUUCUUACACCACCUACUGAAUUCUCUCCAGACACUUCAGCUGGAGAAGAAGCAUCUGAAGGAAGAACUGGCAACAGCCUCGGAGGAAUUAAAUCUCCUAAGUGAAGAAUGCUACAUCAAGCGGCACCUACAUGAGAAGAGGGAAGCUCGGCUGGUGGAGGCCGACAGACAGCUUGGGGAGUUGCAGCAGGUUUGGGCGGCAACUCACGAGGCUGGGCAGCAAGAAAUGGCCAAGUUAAGGAGCCACUGCCAUGCUCUGAUACAAGAAAAUGCCUCCCUGAAAAAGGAAACAGAAGGCUUGAGGAUGGAGGUGAUGGAGCUAAAAGCCACCACUCGUCAGCAUGAUCUAAUAAAGACUCGGGCUGAGGAGACCCAAGAGUUGUUAGCAGCCAGCCAGAAAAAGGUCGUGGAAGUCUUAGAGGAGAACGCCAGAGUGAACCUUUGCCUGGAAGAAAACAGGAAAUGCUUACGAGUGCUUGAAGAGGUAAAAAUUCCUGAACUGCAUAGAGACUUGAAGGAUGUGCAGACCCGAGCUGGAAGGCUGGAGGACACAAAUGAGGUGCUGUCUCAUGGAAAAGCCCAAGUGGAAGAUGAAUUACAUAUGCUGCAGGAGCAAUACAAAAUACUCCUUGGGAAGAUAGUGGAAGAGCAAGAAAGAACAACAAAAGCUGAGCAACAAAAGCUUAUCUUGGAGAAAGAGUUAAAGGGAACAUCAGAAAAGGUGGAGGCCAUGAAAACAAAACUGCACCUCCACUACCAGGCUCAGGUGGAGGAGCUGGUGGCCAAGAAGUCUGCUACCCUCCAGAAGCAACUGAAAUCAUUAGAGUCAAACUUAGAAAAGAAUGUUGAGGAGAAACUGCAGUCCUUGGAGGAAAGUCACCAAGCUGCCUGUGAAAAGCUAAAGAAAAGGCAUGAAAAUGAAAUCAAGAACAUAAAGACUUCUUAUGAGAGUGAGCUGGAAAAGCUGCACGCUGAGGUGAAUGGAUUAAAGCAGGAAAAUGAUCACUUGCAGCUACAGAGGCAGGGCGUUGUGUCCGCUGUGUCCUCCAUAUUUGGAUUGGAGCACCAGUAUCAUACUCCCGUUCAGAUGAGUGAUGGCCCAUCGAUGCACCCAAGCUCAGCUAAACCAGUAGGAGCCAGCAGUCACUCCUUGAAUGUGGUGAGGAAUGGCUCCUCAACAAGUGGUAUUCACCCCACCAGUGACAAGAGUCCUCGAAAGCUGCCUCAUUUCAAAUUUAAAAGCUCAUCUUCAAGUGAGUCUGGAUCAUCAUUAUUUGCAGAAGGAAAACAGACAGCCAGGCACUUCAGUGAGAACUCGCAGCAGUGUCUUCCUCCUGAAACUGUUACUUCACAAAAUUUUUACCAGAAGUACCAAGAGAAAGACCUUGUAGUUUCCUCAGAUUAUGGGAAGAUCCGAAGAGCCUCAGAAAUACUCCAAGCCAGCUACUUAACGGAUGAGGAUGGUUGCUUCCUUGAUGAGGAGGUCAUGCUGUACAUCCCACGAGAAGACCAGAAGAUGAUGAAGAUGCUGAGGGAGCUGAAAAUGGUAAGCCAGAGCUCUGAGGGGCCCCAGAGUGAAGCUCCAACCCAUGACACAUCCCUCGACCAAGACCCAGCUGCCCCAACCCUGCACAAGCUGAGCCAGGUGUCUUAGUGUUUGCCAGACCCACUAGCGCUGAAGCCCUAGCUGGUAUGAGGAUAGGAGGACUAAAGCACGUAGACUUGCAAUGGCCAGGUAACCAUGCUUUUGUUAAUGUGAUGUCGUAAGUAGUUGAUGACACACAGCAGCACAGUUGAUGGGAAGAGGCUGUGUUUUCUUUUAAUCUUACCCAGGCUAGUCAGAUUUAGUGUUUUUUUUUUUUUAUUUUUUUUUUUU